CAUGUUCACAACAGACCUUACAACUUAGGUCAAUACUCAAUCAGUAAAUAAAAUUUAUUUCAGUUUCUUUAUUGAUGUUUUUGUAAAAAUAAUGACAAGUUUUCACAAAGCUUCAGCUUUUCAUACGUCUCUUAAAGGGACAAAAUUAAAAAAUAACCUAAUAUACAUUUCAUCAGGCAUACCAUCAUUGGAUUUCAUUAUUGGUGGGGGAUUAUCCGCCGGCAGUGUAUUUCUUGUCGAAGAAGAUGUUUUAGGUAGUUACGGCAGAGUGCUUUCUAAAUACUUUCUUGCUGAAGGUGUUGUUUGCAAACAUGACUUAUAUGUCAUAUCUGCUGAUGAAAGCCCAGAGGAUAUUGUCAAAGAAUUACCCCAACCAUGUAUAGUCCCAACUAAUGAGAAGACCAGCAAUCAGGGUAGCAGUGCUGAGAUGAAAAUAGCUUGGAGGUAUGAGGGCCUGGGUCAGGUGGAAUCAUCAUUUGGAAGCAACACAAAGUUUGGCCACCAUUUUGAUCUAAGCAAGCAUAUUGAUGAAGAUACACUCAAAAACUGUAACAUAACUUAUUGCCAUUUACUUGAAAAUAAUAAACAAGUUAAUGGGUUCAAAAAUGGUCUCUACCACACAUUAUUAACAAACAUUAAAACGAUUUUAUCUAAGGAAGAUUAUAAGAGUAGUAGUCAAAAUAAAAAUAUUCUCCGCAUAUGCAUUCAAUCUCUUGGGUCUCCCGUUUGGAUGGCAAUGGAUUGUGAUGAUGCACAAAGUGGGUAUGGACAAGAUCUUAUAAAGUUUUUGUAUUGUUUGCGAAUGCUGGUCCGAGACACAAAUGCAGUUAUUUUUAUAACCAUUCCUUCACAUUUGUUUGAUGAUGAAAAUAUAAUAAAAAGGAUACUGUACUCAGUAGAUAAUGCUGUUCGAAUAGAAUCUUUUACUGGAUCGAGCAAAGAGACAAAUCCAGUGUACAGUGAUUACCAUGGACUGUUUCAUAUAACUAAACUGUCUGCCCUGUAUACACUUGUACCGUUUGUACCGCCAAGUCUGGACCUUGCUUUCAAGUUGCGAAGGAAAAAGUUUGUCAUAGAGAAACUACAUUUACCACCAGAGCUUCAAGAAUCGAGUGAACGUGAACAAGAUGACAUCACGGCUAUCCCAAAAACAUGUGGCGGUUUUAAAAAGAAGGAUGUCGAUUUUUAAAAUCAAACUACCUAUGUGAUAAUAAAAUUUACUAAUUAAAUAAAUUUUUUAUA